AUGACAACAGAUCUUUUAGAAAUUUAUUAUUACAAUAUAGAUUAUUUGGAGCCUUUUGCAAUUCCAUAUGAAUUUGAGAAUGGGAUUCUCCAUAUGUGCAAAAGCUAUAAUAAUUUAGAUCGGGAUUUUCUUGAACUGCUAUCAAGUGGAAAUCCUGUAUAUGAAAAAUACUAUAGACAGGUUGACACGGGCAAUACUGGAAGGGUGUUUGCUUCCGAUGCUGCUGCUUUUCUGAAAAAAUCAGGACUUCCAGAUUUGAUACUUGGAAAGAUUUGGGAUUUAGCCGACACAGAUGGCAAAGGUAUCCUGAGCAAACAAGAAUUCUUUGUUGCUUUGCGUCUGGUGGCAUGUGCCCAAAAUGGAUUGGAUGUUUCACUGAGUAGCUUGAACCUGGCCGUUCCUCCACCAAGAUUUCAUGAUACCAGUAGUCCUUUGCUAAUCAGUGCAGCUUCUGCAGAACUCCCAUGGGCUGUAAAAUCUGAAGAUAAGGCCAAAUAUGAUGCUAUCUUUGAUAGUUUAAGCCCAGUGAAUGGAUUUCUUUCUGGGGAUAAAGUAAAGCCAGUGCUGCUCAACUCUAAGUUACCUGUGGAUAUCCUUGGAAGAGGAAGCAGGGCAAGUGGCUGUAGUAUAUAUGACCCUCGUUCAUCUGUUUUGAAGGCCAUGUAUUUGGUAUACUGCGCACUGGAGAAGGAACCUGUGCCAAUGUCCCUGCCUCCAGCCUUGGUGCCACCUUCUAAAAGAAAAACGUGGGUUGUAGCCCCUGCAGAAAAAGCUAAAUAUGAUGAAAUCUUUAUGAAAACUGAUAAGGAUAUGGAUGGAUUUGUAUCUGGAUUAGAGGUCCGUGAAAUUUUUCUGAAGACAGGUUUACCUUCUGCCUUACUAGCCCGUAUUUGGGCAUUAUGUGACACAAAGGACUGUGGGAAGCUUUCAAAGGAUCAGUUUGCCUUGGCUUUUCAUUUAAUCAAUCAAAAGUUAAUAAAGGGCAUUGAUCCUCCUCAGAGUCUUACCCCUGAGAUGAUCCCUCCAUCAGAUAGGGCCAAUUUACAAAAGAAUGUCAUAGGAUCAAAUCCUGUUGCAGAUUUCUCUGCUAUUAAGGAGCUAGAUACUCUUAACAAUGAAAUAGUUGACCUACAGAGGGAAAAGAAUAAUGUGGAACAGGACCUUAAGGAGAAAGAAGAUACUAUUAAACAGAGGACAAGUGAGGUUCAGGAUCUUCAAGAUGAAGUUCAAAGGGAGAAUACUAAUCUGCAAAAGCUACAGGUUCAGAAACAGCAAGUACAGGAACUCCUUGACGAACUGGAUGAGCAGAAAGCCCAGCUGGAGGAGCAGCUCCAGGAAGUCAGAAAGAAAUGCGCUGAGGAAGCUCAGCUGAUUUCUUCUCUGAAAGCUGAAAUAACUAAUCAAGAGUCACAGAUCUCCACUUAUGAAGAAGAACUAGCCAAAGCCAGAGAAGAGCUGAGCCGCCUACAGCAAGAAACAGCAGAAUUGGAGGAGAGUGUAGAUUCAGGGAAGGCUCAGUUGGGACCUCUUCAGCAACAUCUACAAGAUUCACAGCAGGAAGUCAAUUCAGCAAGAAAUAGUCCUGAAAUACCACCUGCCAGUAUGACUGACAAAAAGGAAGUGGUGACUGCAGCCGAUAAUGAAAAAGAUGAUUCUGAAUUUGACAGUGACAAACACCCAAAAGAGGAAGAUCCAUUUAAUGUAGAAUCAAGCUCAUUAACAGAUCCAGCUGCAGAUUCAAACUUGGAUUUUUUCCAGUCUGAUCCUUUUGUUGGUAGUGAUCCUUUCAAGGAUGAUCCUUUUGGGAAAAUUGAAACAUUGAAGCACAAUGAUCCUUUUGCUCCUGGUGGCACCAUUGUUGUUGCAGCAAGUGAUGCAGCUACAGACCCCUUUGCUUCUGUUUUUGGAAAUGAAUCAUUUGGAGGUGGAUUUGCUGACUUCAGCACACUGUCAAAGGUCAACAAUGAGGAUCCGUUUAGUUCUGCCACAUCGAGUUCUGUCAAUGAUGUGGUCACUACAAAAAAUGUAUUUGAGGAAACAUCAGUCAAAACUGAAGAUGUGCCCCCAGCACUGCCACCAAAGACUGGAACUCCAACACGACCGUGCCCUCCACCACCUGGGAAAAGACCCAUCAGCAAAUUGGAUUCUUCUGAUCCCUUUAAACUGAAAGAUCCAUUUCAGCCUUUCGCAGGCAAUGAUAGCCCCAAAGAAAAAGAUCCUGAUAUGUUUUGCGAUCCAUUCACUUCUACUACUACUACUACUACCACUACCAAUAAAGAGGCUGACCCAAGCAAUUUUGCUAACUUCAGUGCUUAUCCCUCUGAAGAAGACAUGAUUGAAUGGGCCAAGAGGGAAAGUGAGCGCGAGGAAGAGCAGAGACUUGCCCGACUGAAUCAGCAAGAGCAAGAAGACCUGGAACUGGCUAUCGCACUCAGCAAAUCUGAGAUCUCAGAAGCAUGAAGGAUCCUUCUGUCUCCAUCAGCAACACUCUUCUUCCUGAGUACUGAAGCAAUGUAUAGUGUGUAUCAAAACUACCUAUGCGCCUGGGAGAUACAACUUAUUUGAGAUUCCUAUCAAUGUGACAAAAGUUUGGGGGUUUUCUUUUAUCCCCCACCCCAUUUCAGAUUUGUCUCCCUUCUCCCUGUAAAAGCAGUAACCCAGUGAGACUGCCCUUGCUUAAGCCCCUGUUCUGGUGUGCACUUACUGUGAGCUUUGCCUGUCUGUGCGACUUCAACUUGUAAAGUUAGAGCACUCAAGCCGCUGCCUUCCGGAAUAUAGAGAAAUAGCUUCAUCCCUGCACUACCCUUGUUCUGUGGUUUUCUGAUGACAGCCAGUGGGCUUCUUAAAGUUUGCAGUAUUUUCCCCUGAUAGGAGUGGUUGGGGGUGGGGGGAGGGCAAGAGUGCCCAGCUUCUUUUUUGAUGGUGCAAAUUGGCUGGUUUAAAGUGCAUGUUAGCAUCGCCUUUUAAUAAAAGCGCUGUUUAGUUUGUUUUUUAGAGUCAAGGAAAACUGUUUGCAUAGAUAGACUCCACUCUGUCAAAGGAGGAUGCUUCGGUUGAGCCAUUACAGCUUCAGAUGCGGUCUUUUCCUGAACAAAAACAUUAAAGCCUCAUGUGUGAAAUACAUUUUAAAAAGGAAGUUCUGAGGAUUUAAAGAAUCCUAGAUAAAUAGACGCCUCUUCCAUGGGUUUGCCAGUUGAUAAAAUCAGUUUCUUACAAAUCAGAUUUUUUAAAAAUGUAUCCUCUAAAAUAUACCCAUCAAUCUAAGAUCUAAAGUAACAAAACUCUUAAUAUGGUGGCCGCCCUUACCCCUUCUCUCCCCCCCUCCCCCAUGCUGUGGCACUGACCUCUUUAGUUCAUGAUUGAUUUUUGUACUAUUGCAGAAGGAAGCUAGAACUGGAAAGUAAUUUUUCAAAUAUAUAUAUAUAUUUUUUUGUUUUCUUGAAUGAAGGCUCAGUUACUUGACUUGAAAUGUAAAAUCUUUCACUGAGUACAAAUGGAGAAGGUGGUAUAUAUUUUAAAUCAUAUUGUUGCUUUUUUUCUUCCCAUCUUUAUGAUUUAAAAUAAUUUCUUAAUUCUCUUUGUGUUUUCAUUUAUAAAAUUAGCAAACUAGCAGAAAAAAUAAAAAUAAAAAAAGCUCUUCACAUGUUAAAAGCCCCAUCUUCUAUAAAACUGACCUAGGGGAUAAGCCAAAUUUGAAAUAAAUGUUAACAUAGGCUGUAAGUUGUAAAAUAACUUUAGUUUUGAAACAUCUGUGUGACUUAGGUAAUCAGUUGCAUACUAAAUGCACCUAAAAGCAAACUAAAAUUCCCUGGGAUCACCUGGUCAAGGAGGUAUUGAUGGCCUAGCCUACAAAUAAAUUUUAAAUAUCUAAUUCAUUACCUCUUGAAAUGGUGCUCCACAGCCCCCCCUCCAUCCAGAAUUGGACUGCUGCAGUUCAAAACACAAUUUAAACCACUGUCACACAGUAACUUUUUUCUACUUUUGUAAAUAGAAACCCGUCAGCGUAAAAGUCGUACAUAUGAAGCAAGGGCUAAACCAUCCUCACAAGGCUUCAGUUUUGGUACCGCAAUCAGUCCCAUGGCCUAAGGCUGGUACUGCAAAAGUGGAUGGAGCAGGCAGUGUUGGAAGUUGCAUUAAGUAGUAGGUUUUUUAUUUUUUCCCUUCCCCUUAAUUCUUCAGGAAAAAGGUAAGUUGACUUGAACAACCUUCUUUUGCACUGGGAAAAGGAGCAAAGGUUUAAAAUGCUUUUAAAAUAUUUUUUUGUAUUUAAAAAACACUCUGGAAAAUAUUAGAUAUCUGUAACUUAUAUACACCAACUUUCAAUGUAAUACGCGUACUCUAAUCUUAUGUAUGUUUAACUGGAUUACAUAGAUUAUUAUCUUUUAUUAAAAUAUGUAUACUCAGUGGACCGAUAUAAUAUUAAAGGAUGUAUAUAUUAUAUGAUUCUCCAUGCUCAUCUCCAUGCUCACUUGUGUAGGAUGAAUGUCUUAGAGUCUUAUGCAUUUUUAUUUUACAUUGUUGACUGACUACAGAGCCCGCGUUUGAAAGGGACCUGCUGAGUGUUAAAUGGCACUAUUUACAAAGUUUUAACUGCCUUCCUUCUACAUACUUACUUGUUGAGGUUGACUGGGGCUCUCUUUAUAGAAUUUUCUCUUACAUUCCAAAAUUCCACAUUGUAGCUUGUAAUUAUGAAAAUAAUAAACUUUAUGUAUAAUAAA